AUUUUCUGUAUUUAAUGCAUUUAUGGCCACUUCACUCUUUCUAUUAGCCGAUGUUGCAAUGCAUGAACUUGAAGUCAAUCCCUCACUCAGACACAUUUACUCGGAUCCGAACCUUGUCUAUCCAAUAGAUUGAUGAGGACCAGAUUAUCAGGCCUGUAGAUUUCAGGCAGCUAUUUUCCACCAAGAGAAUGAGCGCAUAUAACCUGCACCGUCUGAGGGCGACUACGACGUCUACUUAAAAGCGGAGCAACGUUAAAACCAAACACAUGCGCAUCCGCAUCUCCCGACUAUUUCUGCUCACAUCUCUCGUCCCUUGGACCAUGGCAGACAUAACGAAUAGGAUGUCUAGCUUCUCUUAUGGGCCUAAUGUACUCCAAACAUACGAUGUGUACAUUCCUCAAGGAAAACAAGACGAAAACCCUUCGUGCGAGACGUAUUGGCUCGUAUAUAUACAUGGAGGCUACUACCGCGACUUUUCCGUAAACUCCACCUCAGUCCAGCCCAGCAUCGAAGUUCUUGAGAGCCGCAAUAUCACAGACUUCAACAACACAAUUGAGAAGGUGGCCGGUGUGGCAUCCCUGAACUACCGGCUCUCGGCUUUGCCAGGGGUGCAAGAUCCCUCCACGACUCCAGAGAACAAACUCCAGACCGCAAGAUGGCCCGACCACCUCAACGAUGUUUUGGCUGCGCUCCGAGAUCUAAACAGUCACUACCCCAUCGAUGGUCAAUAUGUGAUUUCUGGACAUUCAGUCGGUGCGCAGAUGGCGUUUCUGGCUGCACUAAGGACUCUCAACGACACGACUAUUCCAAAGCCGGUUGCAGUACUGGGAGUGAGCGGGAUAUACGACUUCCCGCAGAUUCUUCGCACUAACCCGGAAUAUACUAAUCUCACCUUGAAUGCGAUAAACGAGACGAACUUGGGCUCAGCUAGCCCAGCUGUAUAUCCCGGGGAAUUGUAUGAGAAGUUGGAUCUGAAAGCAGUGGCUUUGCAGUGGCUUUGGCGCAUAGUCACGAUGAUGGACUUGUGCCCUGGGAUCAAGUGGAGAAGAUGAACGCAACUAUAAGUGCCAUAUCUGAACUUCAGAGGAAGUCAAAGGUUAUUACGUUGCAGGGUGCUCAUAACAGCAUCUGGGGCGGUGGUAUCCAGCUGUCAAAAGCUUUUGCAGAAACCAUUGCCAUGCUUUGAAGUAGAACAAUAUGCUGUAAUCGAAUUAGAAUUAUAUACGUAGGACUUUAAACGGUACACCAGAGUGUCC